AAAGGCUAUUAGCGCGCACCACCGCUAACUAGAUAGCCAUUUCACAUCCGUUACACUUACGUAUAUUUAAAACCAAAUACCUUAAGACUUUUACUCAAGUAGUAUUUUAAUGGGUGACUUUCACUUUUACUUGUCAUUUUCUAUUAAGGUAUCUUUACUUUUACUCAAGUAUGAUAUUUGAGUACAUUUUCCUCCAAAGAUUUUUUUGUUUCUUUGCAUGAAUGAAGUGCGCUCAUAACUGUGUUUUACUCUAUUUGAGAUUUUUCUUUGUCAUCCUCAUUUAUUCUUAUUAAUACUAAUUAGCCUUUACAAACUUGAAAUAUCGCACCGUUUUUCGUGUUUCCUCAAACGGUCUAUUGGGGAACGUUGAAAUCAGAGGGCCUGGGCCUACUCAUCAUUGAACCGGCGGCACGUUGUAAUAUUUUCAGGCGUCAGCGGUCUACGUGGCUGGCUGACGCAUUUUGUUCUUUUUCCCAAAUUCCAAGGAGCGUUCAAGUGAUCGAUUCCUUUACGGGAUAUGUAGACUUGUUUCUGUGAAUUGGCAAGUAAAAUACUUUUAUUUAAGGUUUAUUUGAUUGUCUGAAAUAUCUAAAUAUUAUAAAUUAUAUUCACAUUUUAACUAAUGCAUUUAACUUGAAUUUGGAUGGAGUUUCUUGCGCUAGUCUGCUGCGAAACUUCUAGAGCUGUGGGCCAUUGUCGCUUGCAGUCGCAGCCACUACUUUAAAUCAAUUCCUUUUCAAGUAGGCAAAAGGAAGCUGCAAGCCGAAACGUUGUUGCAGGCUACAAAAAUGCCAAGUAAUGAAGUAAAGCAAAGGAAGAAGACCACGGCUCAGAAACAAAAUGACGAACCGGUUGAAACGUCAAAGUACACUUCCGAAGAUGAAGCAAAAAAAGCAAAAGCUACCGAAGGAAAUAGCUUGGCUAAACCUACAAGCUCCUCGCCGUCCUCCCUGGAUGUGAAAACGUUAACUUGUCUACUGUCACUGAUAGUCUGCAUAGUGCUUACAUGGGUGGUAUUGCAGCAGAAUGCAAGAUUCUUUGACGUGGAAGAAAAGUACAAACUACUGUCUGGGAAGACUGCAAGUCUCCUUGAAAUGGAGGAGGAAGUCAUCAAGGUGUCCAAGAAGUGCGAGGGUCUCCAGAGCCUGUUGGAGCAUCUAGAGAGGCAGCCUGGUGGUCUCCUGCCCCACUUGGAGGCCCUGGAGCGGGAUGUAAGCCAGCUGAAGGACUGGGCGUCCGGUCUAACAGAGAAACGCGGCCUGCUCCAGGACAGCGUGGCAGCACUGACCGUGGCUGUAGGACAAAUCGAGGGACGCACCUCUGCUAUCACUAAGGAUGUCAACACUAAGGUGGCAUCGGUACGGACAGACGUGCGUCGGAUGGAUGGGCUCCGGUCGGAGGUGGAGUCUCUCCUGGAGAAGGUACGGGAGCUGGAGGAGAGGGCCGCCCAGGCCGAACACAGCAUGGUCAAACGUAUCGGCGACCUGCUGGCCGGCAGCAUCGACCGCAUCCAGGGCCUCAAGGGCGCCACGGAGCGCAACGCCCAAGCCCUGGAGCAGCUCAAACGCCGCCUACCUGAGCUGUUCGCCAACGACCGGCAGAUCUCGGAGCGCCUGAGGGAGCUGGAAAGCGGCCGUGCCCGAUUGGUCCGCACGGUGACCUUUGCCGGCGACCUCAAGCCCAAGGUUGCGGCCAUCAAGCGGGACUUCGGGGCGCUGGCUCCGCAGGUGGAUGAGCUGACCCUGAGGAUCGGCCGUCUGGCCGAGGAUCUGACCAGGAGGGAGGAGGACAUCGCAGAGCUACGGCAGACGUUCGCUAACCUCAGCGCUGUGGAGGAUGACCUAGGAGUUGUGACACAGCAGUUGAGUCAGAUAGUUGAGCCUGAGAUGCCCGUAUUGGGAGGAGAGAUGCUUCUGCAGAAAGUCAACGUGAGUGAAGCCCUCCCUCAGAAACUGGAAGGAGAGCUGUGAAGGAGUGCUUUUCUAUGUGCUAUAGAUCUACAGAGUAAAUGGCAAACUUUCAGCUUAUCACCAAUCAUUCCCUUACAAUAACUUGCACAUUUUUGUAAAUCUCAAAUAGAGUUUGCUGAUCUCUCUACACCCAUGGUCGACCCCACCUAGCCCUUACAAUAGAUACUUCUGGAUUCCUCCCCAGAGAUCUUGAUUAAUGUAAGCAAUAUAAUGGAAACCACAGAAGAACAAGUUACUCCCCCUAUAAUGUACAUUCCGGUAUACUUUCCAUAGACUGUAUACCUAUACAGAUCUUUAGGGAGUCGAGAGGUAAGUCCUAGGGAUUAGGUUGAGACUAACUGGGCCUUUUGUCUAGAAUGCUGACUAACGUAUGUUGCUUUACAAAUUGUAUCCUUGAAUGAACCUGUCCUAUGAGUAGGUUGGCGUUUAUUGCGAUGAAUCUUGUCCUGGAGGCAGAGCUGAGCAAUUUCCACUAGAAGGGCCAAUGGCAAAGUCAAAAUUAAUGAAAACAAAAAUGUGCUUGUUGGUCAUAAUUUAAGGUUAGGGAUAAGGUUAGUAGUGUGGUUUAGGUUAGGUUUAAAAUCAGAUUUUAUGGCUGCGCCAGCUAGUAGCUACCCUGCAGAGCUGCCUCCAGUACAUGAGUCAUCCCAGUAAAUGCCAACCUGCGUCCUAGGAGGCUGGAAUGUUUUAUUUUAUUUUAAAUGGCAUCAAUCAUGGUGACUGAGAAGUCUUGCUGGUCCACAGUUUUGGAAUGUGAGCAGUCUCUUGAACAGUUUCCCCCUUUUCAGUUGUCAGUCUGGCCAGUGGUGGGGUUAUAACAACACUGCUUGACCCCUGUGUGACCUGCAUACGGGUAUGUUCUCAGGCUAAGGGGCCUGUUCAGGAGGAAUGUUAUGCUACAAUAUGAUUCUGUACAAUAGGGAAUGAUGAUGUCAGCGCUAUACAUUCUACCUGCAAUGUUCUCAAAAGUUCACAGUGCUGAAUACAUGCUCUGGGGUUCCACAUGGCUAGCUAGUCCUGCUAGUUUUUACAUAUCUCUGCCAUCAAUCAAAUCGAAAUGAGUCUGUGGUUUACAGGUAUAGGGACCUAAAAUAGAAUACUGAAUGCUGCAGCCUGCAAGGCAAUGUAGCUUUGCCUGUGUUUACACCAGGGUGUGCAAUCUGUCACCAGGAGUUUAUUCAAUGGGGCUGACUGCAGAGCAAUGCAGGUAGAAAUGUGUGGCAUAGAGCUGUGAUUGAUGUCAGAGAGUUGUUUCUGUUCUGUGUUUAACAUUUUUAUCUGCAACAUUGCUGAUGUUUGCUGAUGUUGCACUCCUCUGAUAAAAACAACAACCUUGGUUUUAUUCAGUGGGUUACCAUAUGUUCCGAUGGAAAUAUAUUGUGUAGAACAGACAUCACGAUCAUGUAGGAUAGGGAAUCAUACUAAUCUAUUGAUUUCUAGGGAUACUCCGCUGAGUAAGCCUCCAGGUGUUUUACAGGAAAUGUACUUCCGAAGGAGGAAAUAUGUAUCGGCGCUGACGACCUGAGCUGAAGGCCAAUCUCCAACCCGAGAGCCAAUCACUUGUUUAAUAUGCACAUUGGCAUGUCAUCUCUAAAGAUAGAGUUGAAUCUACACAUACCUGGAAUUGCUCAACGACAACCAGACAUUAGGACGCAGAUUGCAGCUGGUCUUUGGGUAAAGAGUGUGGACACCAUACCACUGUUUUAACUAAAGCUAAUUACAUGUACAGAUCACACCACAUGUAUUUACUGUAGCCAUUCCUUUAAACUGUCACAACCCCAUUGUUGUGGUGUUAGGACACUGCAGAGAUCGUGUUUUUUGUUUUUUAAAGCCUUGGAUACAUUGUUCUUCGUGUAAGGGAUGUGCUUAAUAAAUUAUGUCAAUUUGAA